AUCCAAGGGAGGGCGCCAUAGCAAAACAAAAGCCUUCCCCAUCCCUUUCCCUUCCCUUCCAUCUCCGGCAGGCAACACACACAGCCAGCGCUCGCCGCCAUGGGGCCGAAGGGGCAGGCGAACGGGAACUCGACGGCGGCGGCGUCGGAGGCGGAGAUGAACAAGCAGGCGGAUCAGGACGGGAGCGGGAAUAAGGUGGUGGUGCAGUACAGGGAGUGCCAGCGCAACCACGCGGCGGGCAUCGGCGGGUACGCCGUGGACGGGUGCCGCGAGUUCCUCGCCUGCCUCCCGCCGCAGGACCUCCUCUGCGCCGCCUGCGGCUGCCACCGCAGCUUCCACAAGCGCGAGCUCGCCGCCGCCCACUCCGACUCCGACUUCGACGCCCACGCCUCCUCCUUCGCGGCCGCCGGCCGCUGAUCGCCGAUCUAGCUCGCCGCCGCUUGAUUAAGCUCGCUUGCUCAGGUGAGAAAUUAUAUGUGGUUGGUUGGUGGAUGCGACGAUGGAUCGGACGAUCGGUCGAUCUUGAUCGAUUCAGAUGCUAUGCUUAUAUAUGGAGCAGUUAAUUAUUGAUGAUCUCUCUUCUUGUUCUUGGUUAUUUGGUCUUGGUAUUGGGAUUUAGAUCAUGAUUUGGGUGAUACGAUUGUGCGUGAUGAUGUAAUUAGUUAAUCACUAGUAUAUGCAUAGAACAUGAUUAUAUCUGUGUUCAUGAGAGCAAGCUAGCAGCGACUUGGUGCAAGUGUUGAUCGAUGGAUUGUAUUAUGUACAGAUUAUUUGUGCAUGCCCUUCUUAAUUGUAAUUUGGAACUAGUUAUAAUGUAUAAGUACUCUGGGUUAUGGGCUUAAUUAUGGAUGGAUAAUCUUCUCUUGUU